GCGGGGGGAGCGGCCGCUCAGAACGCGCUGGGAGCCGUUGCUUUGGCGGGGCCGGGGGGCUCCAUCCCCGCUGCCCCCGCCGAGGUGCCCCCAGGCCCCGCAGCUGCUGCCUCGAGCGGGGGAUCGCACCAGGGCCGGGCUGCGCCUCCCGCACCUUUUGCAAACGUAAAGUCAAAGUAGACACGUGGGAAGCGUGUCAAUGAAUCACAGUUUCAGUGAUCACCUCACAUCCGUGCCUUCGUUUGUCCUCAGAGCUCUUGUCGUUUAUUUUUGUCAUUUCUUGUAACGUUUUUAUGCUCUGGAGUUUCCCUGGUGUGUAAUUUUUUUAAAAUGAAUGCCUCUAAGCCCUAAAGGGGACAAGAACACCACUGUUAGUUGUGGUUGCACACAGAACUUUCCUCCUUUAGCUUCUAAUUAAUGAACGGGCAACAAAACACGGUCUGUUUAUUCACAGACGAGGGAGUGAAAAAUGGAAGGGUUGCCUCUGCCAGGCUCGGUUCUUACAGUGAAUGAUAAAAAACGUGUUCAGGACAAACAAAGGUACCAAUCUAACGUGAUAACUGAACCUGGGGUUCGUUGAAUUGCUUCCUUGACGCUGCUCUUCAACUGUUGGUGAAAUUCUGGGCUUUUGGGUGCUCUGGCCUGGAGAGUCUGAACCCAGAGCUGGUGCUGACCAUGUCAGGAGAGGCUCCUGUCAGGAAAGUGCACCCAGCUAUCGAGGAAUGAGCAGGGAGAAAUUAUGUUGAUAAGUGUCCUGGAAGUAAUAGCUGUUGCCAUUCAUCAAGUGGCACCACGUGUCAGAAGUCACAGAUGCCUUUCACUGCCACAGGGAGGAGCAGCAGAGAAUUAUGGACAAUUCUGCUGGGCAGAUCAGCUUUAAGAGAACCAGCCCAGAUUGCUGCAGAGUUGAACAAGCACUGGCAGAGGCUGUUAGAGGGACUGUCAUACUAUAAACCACCAAGUACGACUUCAGCAGAAAAAAUUAAAGCUGAUAAAGAUGUAGCUGCUCCACUAAAAGAGUUGGGUCUGAGGGUCAGCAAGUUUUUGGGUCUGGAUGAAGAGCAGAGUGUGCAGUUGUUACAGUCGUAUCUUCAAGAGGAUUACAGAGGAACAAGGGACUCCCUGAAGACAGUUCUUCAGGAUGAAAGGCAGAGUCAGGCUCUGAUGCUGAAGCUCGCUGACUACUACUAUGAGGAGAGGAUCUGCAUCCUGCGCUGCGUCCUCCACCUGCUCACCUACUUCCAGGAUGAGAGACACCCUUACACAGCACAGUACUUCCAGUGUGUGGAAAAGUUGGACAAGGAACUGGUCCCGAAUUACCGGAAGCAGUUUGAAGCACUGUACAAAACAGAAGCUCCUACGUGGGAAACACAUGGAAAUCUCAUGACAGAGCGUCAGGUGUCCCGUUGGUUUGUGCAAUGCCUCCGUGAACAGUCCAUGCUGCUGGAAGUCAUCUUCCUCUACUAUGCAUACUUUGAAAUGGCACCUGAUGAGCUGCUGGCCUUUGCAAAGAUGUUCAAAGAGCAGGGGUUUGGCACGAGACAAACCAACAGGCAUUUGGUGGAUGAGAGCAUGGAUCACCUGGUGGAUCGUAUUGGGUACUUUAGUGCUCUUAUUCUGGUGGAAGGCAUGGAAAUCGACUCCCUGCAUGAGCGUGCUUUGGAUGACAGGACAGAGGAGCACAAGAUGGCCAACAGUGAGCACAUCCACCAGGAGAUGGACAAUCAGCUGCUGCAGUUGGGCGAUGUCUCCCAUCACGCUCCGGUGCUCUUGGCCUGGGCUCUGCUCCGUCACACCAUAAACCCAGAGGAGCCCACAAACAUGAUCAGGAGGAUGGGCAGCACUGCCAUCCAGCUCAACGUGUUCCAGUACCUGACAAAGCUGCUGCGAUCCCUCAGCAGUGGGGGCAAGAAUUGUACUGCCAGCACAGCUUGCAUGUGUAUUUAUGGGCUUCUUUCCUUUGUCCUGACAUCACUGGAAUUACAUACAUUGGGCAAUCAGCAGGAUAUAAUUGAUGCUGCAUGUGAAGUUCUGGCAGCUUCCAGCAUUCCUCAGCUCUUCUGGAAGACGGAACCUACUGCAGGUCUGGGUAUUAUCCUGGACAGUGUGUGUGGGAUGUUCCCCCAUCUUCUCACUCCCCUCCUUCAGCUGCUCCAAGCCCUUGUAUCUGAUAAAUCUACUGCAAAAAAGGUAUACAGUUUCCUGGAUAAAAUGUCCUUCUAUAUUGAACUGUACAAGCAUAAACCUCCGGAUGUGAUCUCCCAUGAAGACGGGACACUGUGGCGAAGACAGGCCCCAAAGCUGCUCUAUCCUCUUGGAUUAGGUCAAACAAAUCUACGGAUACCUCAGGGAACAGUGGGCCAGGUGAUGCUGGAUGAUCGGGCUUAUUUGGUACGGUGGGAGUAUUCCUACAGCAGCUGGACACUGUUCACCUGUGAGAUUGAGAUGCUGCUCCAUGUUGUAUCAACAGCAGAUGUGAUUCAGCAUUGCCAGAGGGUCAAGCCCAUAAUUGAUCUGGUUCAUAAAGUGAUCAGCACUGAUGCAUCAAUAGCAGAUUGCCUUCUUCCAAUCACAUCACGGAUCUACAUGCUCCUGCAGAGGCUGACAACUGUAAUCUCUCCCCCUGUGGAUGUUAUUGCCUCUUGUGUCAAUUGUUUGACAGUCCUGGCUGCUCGGAUGCCAGCCAAGGUUUGGACUGACCUUCACCACACAGGGUUCUUACCAUUUGUUGCCAAUCCACUCUCCAGUAUGAAUCACAUGAUUAGUGCAGAGGGAAUGAAUGCUGGGGGCUAUGGGAACCUCUUGAUGAGCAUAGAACAGCCCCAGGGCGAGUACAGUGUCACCAUCUCCUUCCUGAACCUCGUGACAACCCUUGUCCGGGGACAACUUGGUAGCACCCGGAGGCAAGGCCUUGUGCCCUGCAUCGUGUUUGUCCUGAAGGAGAUGUUACCAAAUUACCACAAAUGGAGAUACAACUCUCAUGGAGUGAGAGAGAAAAUCGGGUGCCUAAUUCUGCAGCUAAUCCAUGCUAUACUGAAUUUAUGCCCUGAAAUGGAUCCUCGCAGCAGCAAUGCUCCCAGCCUGCAGUCCUUGUGCAUCUUCAGCCUGGCCAACACAGAGGCAGGGCAAGCUGUCAUCAACAUCAUGGGCAUUGGGGUGGACACCAUUGACAUGGUGAUGGCCUCCCAGUCCAGCAGUGAUGAGUCCCAAGGCCAGGGGCAGCUGCUGAUCCAGACAGUUAAGCUGGCGUUCUCCGUCACCAACAACGUCAUCCGGCUCAAACCCCCGUCCAGUGUGGUGUCUCCACUGGAGCAGGCACUCACUCAGCAUGGUGCUCAUGGAAACAAUCUCAUUGCUGUCUUGGCCAAAUACAUCUACCACAAGCAUGACCCUGCACUUCCACGCCUGGCCAUCCAGUUGCUCAAACGACUGGCUACGGUCGCUCCCAUGUCCGUGUACGCCUGCCUGGGCAGCGAUGCCGCCGCCAUCCGCGACGCCUUCCUGACCCACCUGCAGAGCAGGAUCGAGGACAUGCGCAUCAAGGUCAUGAUCCUGGAGUUCCUCACCGUGGCUGUGGAGACACAGCCUGGGCUCAUCGAGCUGUUUCUGAACUUGGAAGUGAAGGAUGGCAGCGAUGGGUCAAAGGAGUUCAGCUUGGGGGAGUGGAGUUGCCUCCAAGUGGUCUUGGAGCUGAUUGACUCCAAGCAGCAGGAGAGGUACUGGUGCCCUCCCCUCCUGCACAGAGCUGCCAUCGCCUUCCUGCACGCGCUGUGGCAGGACCGGCGCGACAGCGCCAUGCUCGUGCUGAGGACAAAGCCAAAGUUUUGGGAAAAUUUAACUAAUCCCCUCUUUGGGACCCUUCCUCCGCCUUCCGAAUCAUCAGAGCUCAGUGUCUUGGAUACCUGUGCCUUAAUCAUGAAAAUUAUCUGUUUGGAGAUCUACUAUGUUGUCAAGGGCUCUCUGGAUCAGUCCCUGAAAGACACGCUGAAGAACUUCUCCACCAAAAAGCGCUUUGCCUACUGGUCAGAGUACGUGAAGUCACUGGCACAACACGUGGCAGAGACCGAGGGCACCAGCUGUGCCUCUGUGACAGAGUAUCAGAUGCUCAUCUCGGCCUGGAGGAUGCUGCUCAUCAUCUCCACAAGCCAUGCGGAUAUCAUGCACCUGACUGAUUCUGCAGUUCAUGAGCAGUUGUUUCUGGACGUGCUAAAUGGCACCAAGGUUUUGCUCCAGGUUCCCAUGUCAGUGGCCUGCCUGCAGCUGGGCUCUAUGCUGUGUACCCUUCUUCUGAUCCUGCUCAAACAGUGGAAGAGCGAGUUGAGUUCUGUGGAUAAAAUCAUAAACUCCUUGACGCAGAUUCUGGAGGGAGUGCUACAGGCAGAUCAGCAGAUGAUGGAGAAAACCAAAGCCAAAGUGUUCUCAGCUCUUAUCACUGUCCUGCAAAUGAAGGAGAUGAAAGUGAGUGACAUCCCCCAGUACUCCCAGCUGGUGCUGAGUGUGUGUGAGACACUCCAGGAUGAGGUCAUUGCCCUGUUUGACCAGACUCGGCACAGCCUGACCUCGGGAGAGGCUGCAGAUGACAAGGACAGUAUGGAGACGGACGAUGCCUCCCGAGUGAAGCACAAAGACCAGCGAGAUGGGGUGUGUGUCCUGGGUCUGCAUCUGGCCAAGGAGCUCUGUGAGGUGGAUGAAGAUGGAGACUACUGGCUGCAGAUUACUAGGAAAGUCCCUGUGCUUCCUACUAUCUUUGCUGCACUGGAGAUCAGCCUGAGAGUUAAACAAAACCUUCACUUCACAGAGGCCUCUUUACAUUUGCUGCUGACCUUAGCAAGGACUCAACAGGGAGCAGCAGCAAUGGCUGGAGCUGGUGUCACCCAGAGUGUCUGCCUGCCCCUCCUGAGCGUGUACCAGCUCAGCACAAACGGAGCCAUUCAGACAUCUGCCUCAUCCCGAAAGUCUCUGGAUGCCCCCUCCUGGCCUGGGGUCUAUCGUCUCUCCAUGUCCCUCAUGGAACGCCUGCUCAAAACACUGAGAUACAACUUCCUGACAGAAGCGCUGGACUUCGUGGGUGUCCAUCAGGAGAGGAUCCUUCAGUGCCUGAAUGCAGUACGGACAGUACAGAGCUUGGCCUGUCUGGAGGAGGCAGAUCACACUGUUGGCUUCAUUCUUCAGCUCUCAAAUUUCACAAAGGAAUGGCAUUUCCACCUGCCACAGCUUAUGAGGGACAUGCAGGUGAAUCUGUGUUACCUCUGUCAGGCCUGUACCUCCCUCCUGCACAGCCGCAAAAUGCUCCAGCACUACCUGCAGACAAAAAACGGCGAUUCCCUUCCAUCCAGUGUGACCCCCCGAGUGCAGCGGAAUCCCCAGGCCUCCUCCAAACAUCCCAGCCCCGAGUCAGAGGCAGCAGAGCAGAAGGCCCUGCUCACAGUGCAGUACAGCCUCCUGAAGAUCCUCAGCAAGUCUCUUGCUGCCCUGCGCCACUUCACCCCCGAUGUCUGCCAGAUCCUCCUUGACCAGUCGCUGGACCUUGCUGAGUACAACGUGCUCUUCGUCUUGAGUUUCACCACACCAGCCUUCGACUCAGACGUCGCCCCUUCCUUUGGGACACUCCUGGCCACAGUCAACGUGGCCCUGAACAUGCUGGGAGAGCUGGAUAAGAAGAAGGAACCUUUCCCUCAGGCUGCAGGGCUGAAUAUGCAAGAGGGAACCAAAACCCUCAAGUCUCUGCUCAUGUUUACAAUGGAGAACUGUUUCUACCUGCUCAUCUCCCAGGCCGUUCGGUACCUGCGGGACCCGGCCGUGCACCCCCGGGACAAGCAGCGGAUGAAGCAGGAGCUCAGCUCAGAGCUGAGCACGCUGCUCUCCAGCCUGUCUCGUUACUUCCGCCGGGGUGGUCCCUCUUCACCUGCCAGCGGGGUCCUUCCCUCUCCCCAAGGAAAGUCUGCCUCCAAGCUGGGUCCAGAGGGGCAGGAGCCCUUGUUCCAGCUCGUGCAGGCCUUUGUCCGGCACGUGCAGAGAUAG